AUGAGCAACCUCGUGCAUAAGGUCAAGGAUGCCGUCACUGGCCACAGCUCUUCCUCCAAGGGCAGCAGCGGCCAGUACGACUCGGCUAAGCAGAGCUCUAACUAUGGCUCCAACGAUGCGUACCGCACCGGUGGAUCUGGUAACAACACUAGCUCCUACGACUCAUCGAAUCUCGGCAACAAGCAGAACUUGGGCAAUGACUUGAAAAACCAAGGCGGAACCUACGGACAGAACGCUGGCAACUACGGAAAAGACUCUAGCAGCUACGCUAAGGACUCUGGGAACCACGGAAAAGACACCAGUAGCUACGGAAAGGACACGGGUAACUACAGCACCGGUGCCAGUGACUACGGUUCCCCUCGUGGUAAUUACGGCUCUGGUGCAGGCUCAGGCGUUGGAAACUACGGAUCCUCGAACACUGGAGGCUAUGGAAGCGGCAACAAGCAAUCUGGAAGCUAUGGUGGAUAUGACAAUGUUGCUUCUCCCAAGACCGGAAACUAUGGCUCCCACCAGACUGGCAACUUCGGAGCGGCCACCGACAACUCCGGAUCUUCAAAAACUAGCGGUUAUGGUAGCCAACAGUCUGGGAACUACGGCUCCGGAUCGGACAGAUACACCACUGGAACAGACAACUACGCCUCUUCCAAGACGGGUGGAUAUGGCUCGGGCGCUGACAGCUACGGUAGCAAGGGGUCCAACUACAGCUCCGGAGCCGGCAGAUACGGAUCUGAGGCUGGAGGCUAUGGCAACCAGACUGACAGCGCCGGCGCGGGAACUGGUGGCAUAGGCUAUGGUGGUGGAUCUGGGGCCACUGACACUGGUCGUCACAGCUCAAACUUGGCGAACAAGUUGGACCCAAGAGUGGACUCCGACAACGACAACCGCGCCCGUCACCAAGCCUUUGGCGGUGGUGCUCAAGGUGGCAGCAGCUACAACAACCCGAGCUCGACUGCAGGGCCCCACAGCUCCAACUUGGGUAACAAGUUGGAUCCUCGCGUUGACUCGGACUUGGACAACCGCGCUACUCUUGGAACCCAGCGCUAA